UCAGAUGGCAAUGACGGUCUGCCAGCGAGCUCGAUCAUCUCUAGAUAUAGCUUCCACGGUCAUGGAUAUUACAUCAUUGUUAGGCCUCGGUACAACAGAAAUCUCUCAACAUACAACAGAUCAGAUGGUUAGGCUGUAUGCAGCAACCUUUUGUGACGCUGCCGAGGCUGCCUGCCUCACAGGGGUUGAGAAGGACACAAUUCUUUCGUUUCUCGGGGCUCUUGGAUGUUUAGGGGCAAUUGCACACAUCUUGGUUGAAGAUAUCAGGGCCAAACUCAAAGAUGGUCCUUGGAAGAAUAAGAUAAAGUUUCACUUGGAUAUAGAUUACCACGAAUUCUGUAAGAAGAUGGAUGCUUUGAAAAAGGAAAUUGAUCUGGCUGAACGAAAUGAUGCACGCAAGGCUAUGGAUCAGGUACUCUGGAAUGGCGUGCGGCAUGCAGAAUCAUAUGUUUCCAAACUGAUCAAAGAUGCGUUAUCCCAGUAGUAAGUUAAUCAAAUUGAUUUGCAGCCUUCCAAAUGC